CGGUCCCGGGCCCAGGCCUCGCUUCCGUCUGGUUGGGGACAAUCCGAUGAAACCCGCCGGGCUCUGCUCCGCCCUAUGCCACGCCCCUUCUCCGCCUGGUGCAAUCAGAAUUAGUCGGCUCAGGCCCCGCCCCUGCCCCGUCCGGACCACCCCCUCCCGCCGAGAACACGCCCUGACCACGCCCCUUCUUCGUUUGGCGCUAUCAGACCGGCUUGCGGGCCCCGCCCCUCCCAGGUCCUGCCAGGUCUAGCCUCUUCCCAGAGCGGCUCCUGCGGCCGCAUCCUUCGACUCAGCUGGACGCCGGGAGCUGCAACCAUGGCGGUCACCGGUGAGGGCGCCCGCAGGAAGGAGCGCGUCCUCUGCCUGUUUGACGUGGACGGAACCCUCACGCCGGCCCGCCAGAAAAUUGACCCUGAGGUGGCUGCCUUCCUGCAGAAGCUGCGAAGCAGGGUGCAGAUCGGAGUGGUGGGCGGCUCCGACUACUCUAAGAUUGCUGAGCAGCUGGGAGAGGGGGAUGAAGUCAUUGAGAAGUUUGAUUAUGUGUUUGCUGAGAACGGGACGGUACAGUAUAAGCACGGACGACUGCUCUCCAAGCAGACCAUCCAGAACCACCUGGGGGAAGAACUCCUGCAGGACUUGAUCAACUUCUGCCUCCGCUACAUGGCCCUGCUCAGACUACCCAAGAAACGUGGAACCUUCAUCGAGUUCCGGAACGGCAUGCUGAAUAUCUCACCCAUCGGCCGGAGCUGCACCCUGGAGGAGCGAAUCGAGUUCUCCGAGCUGGACAAGAAGGAAAAGAUCCGGGAGAAGUUUGUGGAAGCCCUGAAAACAGAGUUUGCCGGCAAAGGACUGAGGUUCUCCCGAGGAGGCAUGAUCAGCUUUGACGUCUUCCCUGAGGGCUGGGACAAACGCUACUGCCUGGACAGCCUGGACCAGGACUGCUUCGACACCAUCCACUUCUUUGGGAACGAAACCAGCCCUGGUGGGAACGACUUUGAGAUCUACACAGACCCCCGGACCGUGGGCCACAGCGUGGUGUCCCCGCAGGACACGGUGCAACGUUGCCGAGAGAUCUUCUUCCCAGAGACGGCCCACGAGGCAUGACCAGGGCCCACACCUGCCCCUCGGGACUUCCAGAGAGCUCCGCCCGGGCCUAGGAGAGCCCCGGCCCCGGUGUUGGGGGGCACCAGGGCCCCUCCUCUGGCCCAGCACACCUGCCUCAUGUUACCUCAGUGGGCCCAGGGUCUGUGUGGACAGCCGCCCCCCGCCCGUCAGCUCCUGGUGGGCCCGGCUCCCGUCCUCCACCGCGAUGGCCAGGCUGCAGCUGCUGCUUGUGUUUCUGGACAGAACACGCGGGAAGCGUGUGCAAGUGUUGGUAGGAGAUAGAGCCUGCCCUGCCUGCCUGCCCGCCCCAGAUGGGGUGCAGAGCAGCGGGGAAGGUGCAUAUACGUGAGAACUUGACCUCACAGAUAUUAAACUUCGUGGAACG